CACUAUCCUAACUAUCACUGCAUACAGCUAGGGUUUUGCUCUCUCUCCUUUCUUCCCUAUUUUAGUAUUUACCUCACAGCCUGUAGCCUGUACUCCCUCUCUCUCUCUUCUUUCUCUCUCCUAGGGAAACCAGAAGGCCAACAAAAAGGGCCAAAAAGAAACGAGGAAAUGCAGCUCCCAAAACACACUUUCUCCUCUCUCUCUCUCCUCCUCUGAAACCCAAAAACCAGAACAAUGUAUGAUCUUUGAAAACCCCAGAAAUCCACACCCCCACCCAAUUCACCAAAAACGCCAUCUGGGGUUCCACCAAAAUGCAUUCCCAAACCCAAUGGCUUUGCCUUUUCCUCUUCUCCCUGCUGCUUUUGCUCCCCAUUGCAAAACCAGAUCUGGCUUCUGACCGCGCCGCUCUACUGGCCCUGCGCUCCGCCGUCGGCGGCCGAACUCUGCUUUGGAAUGUGAACCAGACCAGCCCAUGUUCGUGGGCUGGCGUCAACUGUGAGGACAACCGUGUCACGGGGAUUCGUCUUCCCGGCGUGGCUCUAUCCGGCGUAAUCCCGAGUGGCAUUUUUGGAAAUCUGACUAGUCUCCGCACUCUCAGUCUCCGUCUCAACGCUUUAAGGGGUCCUCUGCCGUCAGAUCUCUCCGCCUGUGUUACUCUUCGUAACCUUUACUUGCAGGGGAACCUUUUCUCUGGCGAAAUCCCGGAGUUUUUGUACAGUCUACACGACUUGGUCCGGCUGAACUUGGCGUCCAACAAUUUUUCCGGCGAGAUCUCACUGGGUUUCAACAAUCUCACCCGCCUGAGGACUUUGUAUCUUGAAAGCAACAAGCUUUCUGGAGCGAUUCCUGAGCUGAAGCUUCCUAAUCUCGACCAGUUUAAUGUAUCCAACAAUUUGCUAAACGGGUCUGUUCCGAAGCAGUUGCAGUCUUACUCUUCAAGCUCGUUUCUGGGUAAUUCGCUAUGCGGGCUUCCGCUUGAUGCUUGCCCUGGAGACGGCGGAGGAGAUAUAAACAUGAAUGACAACCACAAAGGGAGAAAGCUUUCAGGUGGUGCUAUUGCCGGUAUUGUGAUCGGAUCCGUGCUGUCUUUUUUCGUGAUUGUCAUGCUUUUGAUCUUUUUCUGCCGAAAGAAGAAGAGCAAGAAGACGAGCUCCGUCGACAUCGCCACCGUGAAGCACCCGGAAGUCGAGAUUCCCGGCCGGAAGCUGCCCGCGGAGGCUGAAAAUGUGGGAUACGGAAAUGGGUCUUCGGUGGCGGCUGCUGCGGCGGCGGCGAUGGUGGGGAAUGGGAAAAGUGAAGCCAAUAGCGCGGUUGGUGCUAAAAAGCUGGUGUUUUUUGGCAAUGGGGCGAGGGUGUUUGAUCUGGAGGACUUGUUGAGAGCUUCGGCGGAGGUUUUGGGGAAGGGGACUUUCGGGACCGCGUACAAGGCGGUUCUGGAGGCUGGGACUGUGGUGGCCGUGAAGAGGCUGAGGGAUGUGACAAUUUCGGAGAGCGAGUUUAAAGAAAAGAUUGAAGCUGUGGGAGUGAAGGAUCAUGAAAAUUUGGUGCCUCUGAGGGCCUACUAUUUCAGCAGAGAUGAGAAGCUUCUUGUCUAUGAUUACAUGCCUAUGGGAAGCUUAUCUGCACUUUUGCACGGAAACAAAGGAGCAGGCAGGACCCCAUUGAAUUGGGAAAUCAGGUCCAGAAUUGCCCUUGGAGCUGCCCGUGGAAUUGAAUACCUACACUCUCAAGGCCAAACUGUCUCGCAUGGAAACAUCAAGUCAUCCAACAUCCUGCUAACAAAGUCCUAUGAAGCUCGGGUUUCUGACUUCGGCCUAGCACACCUUGUUGGUCCCUCAUCCACUCCCAACCGAGUUUCUGGCUACCGGGCACCAGAGGUUACUGAUCCUCGCAAGGUAUCCCAAAAGGCCGAUGUUUAUAGCUUUGGGGUAUUGCUCUUGGAGCUACUUACUGGGAAGCCCCCAACUCAAGCGCUCUUGAAUGAGGAAGGAGUUGACCUCCCAAGGUGGGUUCAGUCCAUAGUCAAAGAGGAGUGGACUUCAGAGGUUUUCGAUGUUGAGCUCCUCAGGUACCAGAAUGUCGAGGAGGAGAUGGUUCAGCUCUUGCAACUUGCAAUAGAUUGUUCGGCUCAGUAUCCUGACAAACGCCCUUCAAUCUCCGAAGUGACAAGGCGCAUUGAGGAGCUACGUCAUUCUAGCUUGCGAGAUGAGCAGCCCACGGUUGUCCGUGGUUUAGACGAUGUGUCCUCUCGAUGAGUUGAGUUGCUCAGGGCCGGCCCUUCGGCCAUCUUCCCUCAUGGAUUUGCAGGGCAAUUCCUUGCUUUGUUGUGUUAAAUCUGGUGGUUUUGUUGUAUGUUAAAAAUCCAAGUCUUCCUCUCACUUUCCUUAGGAGCCAAAUUAUAAUUUUUUUUUUUUUUUUUUCACCCAAUUGUUCCCCAUUGCACUAGUUUUUUUUUACUGCCCUUUUAGGUACACUUUUGGGGUGGAUAUCAGUUCCAUUUGUUGUUGGUGGAUGAUGGUUUUAUGUAAUUAUUACUUCACCUUU